AUCUUGCACAGGUAGCAACCGACCAGGAAGAAUAAACACCUGACGCCCGCCAUGUUUGAUCAAGAAGACCUGAAGUUUACCAAUGGGGUAACGUUAGGUUAAGUUCCCCUAUAGUUACAAGGGAUCCCUAACCAUGGACCCCAGGAGGAGUGCCCAGGAUGUUGUACGCUGCACCCUGUGUCAGUACUCUGUGGCCCCCAUGUACUGUGAAGUUUGUCACAUACAUCUGUGUAAAGACUGUGUAGAGACACAUUUAUCCGAUUCCUCUAAAGUUCAUAAAGUGGUGUCACUAAAACAAUAUUUAACCACUCUGAACUAUCCCAAGUGUAGGAAACACCCCACCAAACAAUGUGAACUCCACUGUGAACAAUGUGACAUUCCUAUUUGUGCAAAGUGUAUUUCCUCUGGAAAACAUUCAGGACAUAAAAAAAUUGACAUUUUCCAAAGUUUUGAAAUAAAAACAGGAAUUUUAGAAAAAGAUUUGCAAGAAUUUGAAAAAUUCAUUUAUCCUAAAUACAAAGAGAUUGCAUCCAACAUCCCAGUGCAGAAAGCUGAUCUGAGUAAAAACUCCCAGAAAUUGACAACAGCAAUUGACAAACAAGGAGAAGUCUGGCACAGAGAAAUAGACAUCAUUAUCACAAACCUGAAAUCUAACGUGGAGGAAAUGGAAUCCAAACACCUGCCCAUCCUAAAUAAACAGGAAGAUGAAAUCACACACACAAUUUCUGAAAUCACACAGACUAUUGCUGAACUGAAGAAGUUACUGAACUCCAAAGAUGUCUGCCUUGUCUCUGAGUACAAAUCCAGGAACGCUGAAUUCAGAAGAUUGCCUCCUAAACUCAAAGUGUCCUUUCCAAUCUUUAGGCCUCAGGGAAUCCACACAGAUCAGCUGAUUAAACAGUUUGGUUCUCUGUCAGCAUUAUCUUUUACAACAGAGAAACAAGACUACAGCAUGCCGCCCCAGGGAGCCGAGUCCUCUCCCCCAGACCGGUCACUGAUGGAUGUACCUCGGAUCAUCACAGAUAUAGACACAGGGUAUAGGUAUGGACUAUGUGGUGUGAUGUGUCUGAAUGAUACAGAAGUAUGGACGCGUGGUAUUGACAACAUGAUGAAACUCUACAACCUCCAAGGGGAACUAGUGGAGUCCAUCCAAACCAAGUCAGGGAACGCUCCACAGGACAUAGCAGUGACAAGGAGUGGGGAUCUAGUUUAUACUGAUUACGAUGUUAGAACUGUGAACAUAGUGAAGAAUACACAGAUACAGACAGUGAUCAGACUACAGGGGUGGAGACCUCGCGGUAUCUGUAGUACCUCCUCCGGUGACCUCCUGGUUGUCAUGGUCAGUGAUGAUAAAGAUGAUAGUGAUGAGAGUGACAGUGAUGAUGAUGAUGUACAAACAAAAGUUGUGCGUUACUCUGGCUCCACAGAGAAACAAAGUAUUCAGUACGACGACAAAGGACAACCUCUUUAUUCAUUUGGUGGCACUAAAUACAUCAGUGAGAACAGGAACCUAGAUAUCUGUGUGUCAGACAAUAGAGCCUGCGCAGUAGUGGUGGUCAAUCAGGCCGGGAAACUCCGGUUUACCUACACUGGACCUCCCUCUACUACCAAGAGAUCAUUUGAUCCAUACGGCAUCACAACAGACAGCCAGGGUCGGAUCCUGACAGUAGACAGUACCUAUAACAACGACUGUAUCCACAUCCUGGAUCAGGACGGACAGUUCCUCCGCUACAUUGACAACUGUGAUUUACAGGCUCCACGUGGUUUAUGUGUGGACACCAGAGACAACCUCUUUGUGGCUGAGUGUGUCACAACUAAAGUGAAGAAAAUCCAAUAUUACAUGUAAAUCAAUGAACUGUAUAAAUCAGAUGUAAACAAAGCGUAUAAGUAUAAAUUACAUACUGUGUGUAGAUAUAAUGUAAACAAACUAUACACAUUGCAUGUCAUCAUACGGUGUGUAGCAGAUUUAAACACGCUGCGUGUGGAUAAUUUAAUGUAUCACACAUAAACUGACCGUGUCUACAAGAUGUAAACAGACUGUCUAACUGUAUCUGUGUUAGGUUUUUAUGAGUUAAUCAUUCCAUUUCUUCAAUCUUUAUUUGUUUAUAUAUCAUAUGUUUGUAUGUAAACAAAUUGUUCUUUAAUAUUUUUUCUAUUUAUAGAUGUAUAUAUAGUGACUGUUUUACUGUGUCUAUAAUCUGUGUUUGUUACAUUAGAAUGAAUGGACUGUAUUUGUUACAUGUGGUUAUCAGCAAACUCUGUGUGAAAUAUGUUUAAAUUACACUUAAUGGGUUAACAGACAGGUAGCACUCAAUUCUUUACCAGCAAUGGAGCGAGGCCACAAAGGGACUGAGGCCCAUUACUUAUAUAGAGGAGUGAUACCAGUAUAUUAACCCAAUCAGAAUUCAUAUACAAUGAGACAACUGUUGUGACUUACCUUUAAACCUUUAGAAUUAGAGUAGAUGUUUGAUUUCCUGCUAAUCUUGUAUCUUCUGUUCUAACUUCAUAGAAUCCUUGUGUGGAAUAUUCCUUCCUUUGGUGUUUUUAUCUAGGAGUUUUUGCAGAACUGAUUUAAAGAUUCUGAAAAUGUAUUUAGACAAUGAGUAAAUUGACAUAUAUAAACAUGAUACUGCUUAUGAAUGCUUUAUGAUAAUUUGUUUUUUAAUAAAACUUUAGAAGAAAGAAA